AUGGAGUCACUACCUUCUGGCUUCAUCAAACAAACCAUUAUUUUCCUCGAGUUAUACAUAAUUCUAUAUAUCAGUUACAUACCUGACAGUACCAACCGCUUAUUUGCAGCCUCAACAAUUCCUCCUCAUUUUGGUUCCUCUGAUAUAUCAACUUAUGCACUCCAAACACUUGAAUUGGAUGGUUACCUUAGUUUUGACAAUAAUCAUCAAGCAGCAACAGAUUUUGGAAACCGAUACCAUUCACUCCCAUUAGCUGUUUUGCAUCCAAAAUCCGUCGCUGAUAUUUCGAGCAUGAUAAACCAUAUUUUCAGAAUGGGAUAUGCAUCAGACUUGACGGUUGCAGCUAGAGGCCAUGGACAUUCCAUCCAAGGUCAAGCUCAAGCCUAUAAUGGUGUAGUUAUAAGUAUGGAAUCAUUUAAGGGAACAGAAAUGAAAAUAAAUGCAGGGGAAUUACCUUAUGUGGAUGUUUCAGCUGGAGAGCUGUGGAUAAAUAUCUUGCAUGAAACUCUUAAACAAGGGCUGGCACCAAAAUCUUGGACAGAUUAUUUGCAUCUUACUGUUGGAGGCACCUUGUCAAAUGCUGGCAUUAGUGGGCAGGCUUUCAGGCAUGGACCCCAAAUCAGCAAUGUUUAUCAGCUGGAAGUUGUCACAGGAAAAGGAGAGGUCGUUGUCUGUUCGGAGAAUCAAAAUGCAGACCUUUUCCAUGCUGUUCUUGGUGGGCUUGGACAGUUUGGCAUCAUAACAAGAGCAAGAAUUUCUUUGGAAAAGGCACCAAAAAUGGUAAAAUGGAUAAGAGUGCUGUACUCAGACUUUUCCAAAUUUACAAGAGACCAAGAGUAUUUGAUAUCAUCCAACGAUCAAUUUGAUUAUAUUGAAGGAUUUGUAUUUAUUAAUAGAACAGGUCUUCUCAAUAACUGGAGAUCUUCUUUUAAUCCCAAAGAACCAUUGCAAGCCAGUAAAUUCAAUUCAGAUGGUAAAAUCUUCUUCUGCUUGGAAAUGGCAAAGUACUUCAACCCGGAUGAAAUCGACUUUAUGAACAAGAAAGUUGAAAGCUUGAUGUCAGAAUUGAGCUAUAUUCCAUCAACUCUCUUCACAUCAGAAGUUACUUACCUGGAUUUCCUCGAUCGUGUACACGUCUCAGAGAACAAGCUCCGAGCGAAAGGUUUAUGGGAAGUUCCUCAUCCAUGGUUAAAUCUUCUGAUUCCCAAAAGCCAAAUACAUGAUUUUGCUCAAGAGGUGUUUGGAAACAUCCUCAAGGAUACCAGCAAUGGACCCAUCAUAAUCUACCCAGUCAACAAAUCCAAGUGGAAUAACAGAACGUCAUUGGUCACUCCAGAUGAAGAUAUUUUCUACUUAGUGGCAUUUUUAUCUUCUGCAGUUCCAUCUUCUGUAGGAACAGAUGGCUUAGAACACAUUUUAGAACAAAAUCAAAGAAUUUUGGAUUAUUGUAUUGAUUUUCUCCCUGGUGUUAAGCAAUAUCUCCCUCACUACAGCAACCAAGAAGAAUGGAGAUCUCACUUUGGGCCCAAGUGGCAGACUAUCUUGCAAAGGAAAUCAAUCUACGAUCCUUUGGCAAUUCUUGCUCCUGGGCAGAGGAUAUUCCAAAAGGGUAUUAUUCCCUUCUUAUAAUAGAUGUAUCAAAAUAAGCAACACAUAAAAAGUUCCUUGAAGAAUGUGAAAGCUAUGAUGACAAGAAAACUGUAAACUAAAUGAGAAAUCACAUUAUGC